AGAGAAUCACGAUCAAGUCGUUAAAUUAUUACUGAGCAAUGGUGCUAAUCAGAGCCUCGCGACGGAGGAUGGUUUCACGCCUCUUGCCGUGGCAAUGCAACAAGGACACGAUAAAGUUGUCAGCGUGCUUUUAGAAAACGAUUCUAAAGGAAAGGUCAGACUACCAGCACUUCAUAUUGCUGCGAAAAAAGAUGAUUGUAAGGCAGCAGAUUUGUUGCUACAGAACGAUCACAAACCUGACGUCACAUCAAAAAGUGGUUUUACACCUUUACAUAUCGCCGCUCACUAUGGAAAUGAAGAGAUAGCCCGCUUGUUAAUAAAGCGUGGCGCUGAUGUAAAUUACUUAGCGAAGCACAAUAUAAGCCCGUUACAUGUUGCGGCCAAAUGGGGUAAAAAUAAUAUGGUCAAAGUAUUAUUAGAAAAUUCUGCACAAAUCGAUGCUAAAACCAGGGACGGUUUAACGCCGCUUCAUUGUGCAGCAAGAUCUGGACACGAACAAGUGAUUACCACACUUCUUGAACAUUCUGCGCCUAUCAGUGCACGAACGAAAAAUGGUCUUGCACCAUUGCAUAUGGCAUCCCAAGGGGAUCACGUCGAUGCGGCUAGGGUAUUGCUGUAUCAUCGAGCUCCAGUUGAUGAAGUUACAAUCGAUUAUUUAACAUCUCUUCAUGUUGCCGCGCAUUGUGGACAUGUUAGAGUUGCAAAAUUACUUCUCGAUCGAAAAGCCGACCCGAAUGCACGCGCUUUAAAUGGUUUUACACCGUUACACAUCGCGUGUAAGAAGAAUCGAAUAAAAGUCGUCGAGCUGUUACUGAAACAUGGAGCAUCAAUCGAGUCUACGACUGAGUCUGGACUAACUCCAUUGCAUGUGGCCAGUUUUAUGGGAUGCAUGAAUAUCGUGAUAUUUCUACUGCAACAUGAAGCCAAUCCAGAUGUGCCCACUGUUAGGGGUGAAACACCUCUACACUUGGCAGCUAGGGCUAAUCAAACAGACAUUAUUCGAAUUUUAUUAAGAAAUGGAGCUAAAGUUGAUGCUCGAGCACGGGAGCAACAAACACCACUUCAUAUUGCAUCGCGAUUAGGAAAUAUUGAUAUUGUUAUGUUACUUCUGCAACAUGGUGCAGCUGUGGACACUACCACGAAAGACAUGUACACAGCGUUACAUAUUGCAUCCAAGGAAGGCCAGGAGGAGGUGGCAGCUAUCCUUGUGGAAAAUAACGCUUCUCUUAAUGCUACAACUAAAAAUGGUUUUACUCCUCUACAUAUAGCGGCGAAGUAUGGCAAUAUGAGCGUUGCAAAAAUACUUUUACAAAGGAACAGCAUGUUAGACGUCCAGGGAAAGAAUGACAUCUCUCCUUUGCAUCUGGCAUGUCACUAUGACCAUCCAAAUGUAGCGAACCUUUUACUAGAGAAGGGUGCAUCUCCCCAUCUUGCAUCGCAAAAUGGACAUACACCUUUGCAUAUCGCAGCUCGUAAAAAUCAGAUGGAGAUUGCUUCUACUCUUUUGGAAAAUGGAGCGAACGCAAAUGCCGAAUCGAAAGCAGGAUUUACCCCGCUGCAUUUAAGUGCACAGAAAGGUCAUUAUGACAUGACGAAUUUAUUAAUUGAGCAUGGAGCUGAUCCCAAUCGCAAAUCAAAGAAUGGUCUUACUGCACUGCAUUUAUGUGCGCAAGAAGAUUUCAUCAGAGUGGCUUCGAUUCUCGUGAAAAAUAAUGCAAACGUAGAAAGUCAAACCGAAACUGGUUAUCGGCCAAUUCACGUCGCCGCGCAUUUUGGGAAUCUCUCGAUGAUCCGAUUCCUUUUGAAACACAACGCAGAUAUUAACGUGAAAACUAAUCAGAACUACACCCCGCUUCAUCAAGCUGCUCAGCAGGGCCAUGCUCAUAUUGUGACUGCAUUGAUAGAAGGAAAGGCUUCUCACAAAUCCCGAACUAAUGAUGGUUUGACUGCGUUGAACAUAGCACAGAAAUUAGGAUACAUAUCCGUCAUGGAAGUAUUAAAAGGAUUGUCAUACGACACAGCGACACCCGAUAAUAAAAAUUGGGACGAGAAAUAUAAAGUUAUCGCGCCUGAAAGUCUACAGGAAACGAGUUUCAUGUCAGACUCCGAUGAUGAAGGAGGUUCAGAUGCAUUGAUUAGUGAGCAACCAUAUCGCUAUCUUACCGCGGACUUGAUGAAAAGUUUAAGAGAUGAUUCGCUUCCAAUUGAUGUUACAAGAGAUGAUCCGAUACAUAGACAAGUUGCAAACGAAGGGAAACAGGAGUUUACGCAGAGCAAUAAUUACUGUCUGGCAGAGAACUUUGAUACGGACGGAUAUAAUCUGGGCCGACUUCAUUUCAGAUCAUUUUUAGUAAGCUUCUUGGUGGACGCACGUGGAGGUGCGAUGAAAGGUUGCAGGCAUAGCGGUGUGCGUAUCAUUGUGCCGCCGCGCAGAGCAACAAUGCCAAUUCGUGUCACGUGCAGAUUGGUAAAACCUAGUAAAGUAGCAAAUCCUCCUCCUUUAAUGGAGGGCGAAGCUUUAGCAACUCGUGUUAUAGAGAUGGGACCGAUUGGUGCGACAUUUCUAGGACCCGUUUUAAUCGAUAUACCGCACUUCGCAUCGAUUCACGGCAGGGGCAGAGAGAUUAUCAUCCUUAGAAGUGAAAAUGGAGAAACGUGGAAAGAGCACGACAACUCGGUCGAUAAUGACGACACGUUGUUAAAUACUCCAUAUGAUCCUCAAAUGAGUGCUACUCAUUCCGGCAGAAUUACUCGUAUAAUAACAACAGACUUUCCUCAGUACUUUGCUACCAUAACAAGAAUCAAACAAGAGGUUCAUGUGAUUGGUGCUGAAGGUGGUAUUCUAAUAUCAAGCGUGGCUAAUCACGUUCAGGCAGUUUUUCCACCUGGAGCAUUGACGAAGAAAAUUAAAGUCGGAUUGCAGGCUCACGUAAUUCCUGCAGAGCUUACAGCGAAAUUGUUAGGCAAUUGCGUUGCAGUCUCACCCGUGAUAACGAUCGAGCCAAGAAGACGUAAAUUUCAUAAACCCAUCACCCUCACGAUACCAGUGCCUGAAGCUGCAAACAAAGGAAUGAUAAAUCAGUAUGGAGGCGAAACACCAACGUUGCGUCUGCUUUGUAGUAUUGCAGGUGGCACAAGUGAAUCGAAAUGGGAAGAUGUUACUGGAUCAACACCAUUAACGUUUAUGAACGACAAAGUAUCCUUCACGACAACGGUCUCUGCUCGAUUUUGGUUAAUGGAUUGCCGAAAUAUAGGUGCAGUCUCGAAAAUGGCCACCGAAUUGUAUGAAGAGUCUUUAUAUGUGCCGUACAUAAUAAAUUUUGUAAUAUAUACAAAACGAACGGAUGUAUUUGAAGCAACACUAAGAAUACUGUGUAUGACGGACGGAAAGGAAGGAAUGCACACAUUGGAAAGGCAAGAGGAGUUUGUCGAAAUUGUCAAAAGUCGUGAUGUUGAAGCUCUUGAUGGAAAAGAUCUGUACAUUGAAUUUAGUGGGAAUUUGGUGCCUGUGACAAAGUCGGGUGUACAACUGAAGUUUACUUUCAAAGCUUUCCGUCAAAACCGUCUGUCCUUCCAUGUAAAAGUAAAAGAUCCAUUACUAGAUCCUGUAGCUAGAAUGCUCUUCAUGCGAGAACCAAAAGUCGCGAAAGGAGACCCGCCACAGCAACCGAUUUGCGUGUUGAAUAUUGUUCUUCCGGAAAGUACGAUCAAGAUCGAAGAUUCAAAGAAAUUUAAAGAUUACGAAGACUCAAAUAUUAUAAAUCAGAAAAUGGAUUCCUUGGAAUUGAAGUAUAAGACGGAACGAAAGGAGAAAAUUGAUGAACUUCAAGAAACAUCACCCUCGGAAAAGAAAUUCAUAACUGACACCCUCCAAAAAGAACGAACAGAUGCUGUUACUAUUCAUGAUACCCUUGCGCAAAAAGCGGCUUGUCCCCUAGAAUCUGUAGAUGCUAGUUAUCCCAGUAAAGUAGUCGGACAAGAGCAGGAUCCGUUAUCGCCCACCGUCGAGAGGCAGACGUAUUCCGAGAAGAGGAAGUUCUGGGAGGAUAUAUCGAAGAAACGCGAAAGCUACCAGCGUUCCGAGUCAGACGUGUCGAGAACGUCAGAAUUGACGGCGAACGAGAGUGACAGUCAAUAUGUCCAGAAUGUUGCCACUGAGGAUACGGCGGAUGUUCUUUCGCAGAUCGACAAAUCCGAAACGAUGGAGGACCUGAAUGUACCUGACAUUUCCGAGUGUUCAGUGGCGGAGAAAGCUCACUAUUUCGAGGAGCAAAUACAAAAAGAAAUGACAAAGGUCCCGUCCAGGCUGCAUCAGCAAGCAUCUUUGAAGUCUGAGAAAGAUAAAUCACCGAGGACGAAAAUCACCGAGAGGGAACAAGAAGAAAGGUAUAUAACUGAAUUAAAGGACGCGGUGGAAGACGUGGAAAGGAAAGGAGUGAAAACGUUAAUUACUGAAAGUGAAAAGGAAAACUGUGAGAUUAAGGGCGAUGAUGAUAUGAACGUGCGAGAUAUAAAUAUGAUUGAAAGGAAAGAAGGGGACUACGCGACAGAAAAAACGGACAAACCUGAGAAGUUAGAGAUGGAUGCUGAAAAGGUGGAUUCUUUGGUACAGGAUGCAGAAGAGUGCAUAAAGCAGGCAGUGGAGCAUAAAGACAAAUUGGAGAUUAAAGGCAUUAAAGAACAAGAAAUAAUCUUAGAUAACCUUGAAGACCAACGCAAAGUAAUUGUGCACGCGAAUAGUGACAUAUAUAUGAAAGACAGUGAAGAAGUUCAAUGGCAUGAAAGAAAGGACAUGCAGAAAGAAGUGGAAAUCUCUACAAGCGUGAGAGUACAAGAAAGUGUGCAGCAGAAAAGGCAAGAAGAAACAAGCGAAUUUGUUACACAAGAGAGCAUGGGAAUAAAAAUGACAAGGGAUGCUGAGGAUAAAGAAGAAAGAGUAAAACAAUCUGUUACCGUAACAAUUUUAGAAAAAGAGAAAUUAAAGAGUACAGAGGAACGAAAAGAAGGUACAAAAGAAUUGGUGACGGAAGUCACAGAAGAAACCAUGAUAGAGGAUACAAAACAGGAAGGAAGUUCGAAAGAUUCUGUUGCAGAAGUAAGUCCAGAAAAAGAGAUAAUACAGGAUAUAGACGAAAGAGAAGAAGAUUCGAAGGAGUCAGAAAAGGAAGUGACAGAGUCUGUUACAGAUACGAAAUUGGAGCAAACGGCGGAAAUUGCAGAAAAAGUGAAACAAAAAGUUAUCGAAGAAAUUGUUAGAGAAGUCUCUGUGACGGAUGUACAGAAAGAGCAGAAAGAAUCGAAAGAUAGCGUUAAGGAAAUCCACAUAGAACACGAAAUGGUAAAGUGUAUGGAAACAGCAGAAAAAAAUAUGCAAGAACUUCCUACGGAUGUAAGUGUAAAGCAAGAAAUUCUAGAGGAUGUAAAAGAGCAACGAGAAGACACGCAACAAUAUUCUACGGAUUUAGAUGUAAAACCAGAAAGUGUAAAAAAUGUAGAGGCAACAGAGGAUCUAGAAGGACCUAUUGCAGAAGCAAGGGUUGGGCAACAUACGGAGAAGGAUGUAAAGGAAACGAAAGGGAAAGGUCAAGAAGUAAUUGAAGACAUAGGCGUGCAACAGGAAUGGAGUAUCAAAGAUACGAAGGAAGUGGAUGCAAAACAUACAACUGACGAAGAUAAAGACACGAAAGAGUCUAUCUCAGGCGUGAUGUUACAAAAAGAGAAAGUUGCGGACCUAGAAAUUAAAAAAGAAAACAUUGUUACGGAAAAAUCGAAAGGAAAGCGGAUCAUAACAGAGGAAACUACAAUAAUUUAUAAAGUACAGAAAGAUGGAACAUUGGUCGAGGAACAAGUAUUAAAGUCUGUACAAAUAGGCGACGGAAGUGGCAUUAUGAAAACAUACACUGACUUUAUUGACAGUAGUGCAAUACAAUCGCGUGACGACAUUGAGCCCAAAAUACAAGGGAUUCUGGAAGAGAAACGAAUAAUUAAUGCCAAAGUUAAGGGAGAGAUAGCUCCUCCGAUCAUGCAGGAAGAAGAACUAAAAUUAUCGGAGACAUCUACCGACCAAGAAGCGGGUAUUCGCGGAGAAACGGAUGCUAAAAAUGACGAAGAGCCUGUAGCGGUUGAAGAGGAAGCAGUAGCAGAGGCAGAAACGAAACAGAUUAAGAAGGAGUCUCGUAUACCGAUUUCAAUGUCGAAAAUGGACAAAGAUAAAGUUCAGAAAGAAGUGAAGAUUAAAGUGUUCCCAGAGUCGAAGCAAUUCGCAAAAUCUGACGGCGUUAAAGACUCGUCCGUCGAAGUGCCGGACACAGUUUCAGUGACGAUUAAGAAGCGGGAGUUUGAGUCGAAAAUUCCAAAGCGCGUGAUGGAUGCCAAGUCAACGGCAGAGAAAUCUGGGCAGAAAGAUACACACGUUCGAAAAGAAAGCGAACCGUAUACGAUAACGGAGAAAAAGUCGAGCGAAGAAGUAACAUCGAAGUUGGAGGAGCAUUCGACUACUAAGAGCGAGACGCAAACAUUCUCGAAGAUUUUCACCGAUCCUCAAGACGCGUUCAAAAUGUUCGAGAAUAUGGAUAACAUGAAGAAUGAUUUUGCGACGGUUACUUCGAAGGUCGAUCAGAAAACGUCCAGUAUGUUGGCGAAGAAGGAAAUAAUUUCGUCGGAAAUCCAUAGCGGUCCAGACAAAAUAAUUACUCUCGAAGAGAAGGAACGCGUGGAGAAGAAGAAGUCUUCGGAGUCGCAACUGAAAAAAGAAUCACCCACUGAAACAUUGGAAGAGAAGAAAAGUAAACACGAGGAGUUAGAUAAGACGGCGGUUCAAAAGAUGUCAAUGAACGUGACAGAGAAGGAAGAAAUAAUAGACGCGACGGCAUCCGAAUCAAUGGCUAAAACGAAAGAAGAGAAAACGUUUAAGAAAUUGUCUGACAAAACGGGUGUUACGACUCACGAGGCGGGCAGCAUCACAGUACAAGAGAGCGACGCGGAUGUUGCAAUGAGAAUCAAGAAAGAUAUUUCUGAAGGAGUGGGCGAUAAGGAUGGUAUAAAAGUUACGGUGGAAGAGAUUGCGACGGAAAGAAUAUCUGAAGCUGUUGCGGAUUCGGGUCAGGUGGAGACGAUUGCUCAUGCAGAAUCACAUACGGAGACUAAGGAGAGUUUCGAAGUUACCCAAUUUCAGCCAAGCGACACAACUGCACAAGAAAAAGAGCUACUGAAAGAAGACAGGAUAAUUACGAACGUUGAAGAGCAUGUUCCAGGAAUCGAAAGCUUGGAGGAGAGACAACGGCAAAAGUUUAACGAAAUCGAGGCACGCACGAUAGCAGAAACACUGAUACAAUCAAUCGAAAGUGAACUUGAGGCAAAGUCUGCUGAAAGUUUAAAAACAGAAUUACUUAGUAAAGGCUACUUGGAACAAAUCAUAAAAGAAGGUACCGAAACGGAUCACGAGAAACUGGCUGACGAACUGACCCGUAAAUUCGAGAAUAUAAUGAAGAACUUAGCAGACAAAGAGACGGAUCAGUGUACAAUUGAUGGAAAUUUGAUUCAACAGUCGAAACUAGGAGCAUCGAUGCAAGAGGAGUUAUACGAAAAGGGGUCCACCAGAGAUAGCAUAAGCGUCAGCGAAGAUAUAACUAAAGACGAAGAGUCAUCGCCUCAAGAAAAAGAAGAAAGUUUCGCUUUGUCCUCUUUGCAAGCUAGAUUGCACGACAGAGAUAUCACCAUGAGUCCUAGUAGCAUGUCCGAACAAAUAGAUUUCGAGGAAACAAUCGAUGUCGAUACAAACGAGCUAGAGGAUAUAUCAAAAUCUACUUUAAGCCCGCAUUCGGAGAAACACCGGUCGGACAGGUCCGGCAAAGGAGCAGAAUUGCAACGUGACCCGCAAAGCGAAACUAGUUCCCCUCAGGAUAAGAUUGUAUCUGAACUUUCGGGCGCCAGAGUUCUGGAAAUCCUUGAACCUGGCGUAGAGAGUCAAUCCAGACAAGAUUCUGUAGACGUGCCUUCGUUGGAAACGGACGAACAAAAAAUAUCCGAGCAAACUAGCAGAGGAAUUCCGUCUUUGCGCGAGAGCGCGGACACGGAUUCGUUUGAAAGAAUGGUUCCAGAACGAGGCAUAACUGUCAGUCCUAGUACCGUGUCGGAAAUUACCAAUGUAGACUCUUCUUCGGUGCAAGAACCACCUGUCCCAGUUACAGCGCAACAGGAGCACGAGGUUGCAAGUACAAAAAGAACGGACAGCUUUGAAAUCGAAAGUCCCCCGAUGAUGUCUCCGAAAUUGAAGGUGCACGACCUCGAAAUUCAGCCUGUUAGUUGGAUGAUCGGGGAGAAGAAGAUCGAGAUAUCCGAAACACUGGAGCCAUCUCAAAUUUUUAAUCAAGAAUUGGAAGCGUAUGAGUCGUCGCGACAAAGGGAACGGCUAUCGUCGCAGGAUGAAUCUGUGGAUUACGAGCAGGAGUCGGGUACAAAAUCGUCGGAGGAAAUCAGUGUGAUAGAAUCGAUGAAGGGUACUUGUGUCGGCGAUAAACACGUCGCGACGUCAGUCAGUAGAGAUGCCAAGAUUACGGAACAGCCAAUCAGCGAGCAGGAUUUCGAGAAUGAAUUAGUGGAAAAUAAGUUAGACGUUAGUUGCCAAGAACUAGUUGAUACCUUGCAACGCGAGCACGAUGCGAAUAUACUCAAUAAAGAAUACGUAGAAAGUAGCCAACCACAAGGACGACCUAGCGAACAACAAGAGGAAAUGGAGAAGCGGCAAGAGACUGGCUUGGAAGAUGUGAAAAAAGAAGAAACGAAAGAAGAACAUAUUAUCGAUAAGCAUACAGGUGCAGUCGUAGAUACAGAACAUCAUGAGGCGAAAUCCUCAGAACAAAUGAGCGGAGAAGCGAUUGAAGCUGAUGUGUCUUUAUACGAUCAAUGUUCGAAAAAAGAAGAAGCUGGACCAAAAGUAGAUGACGUGGUUUCGAGGCCGGAAAUUGAGCUCAAGUUAGAAAGAACAAUGCUAUCGAAAGAUAGUGAAAAACUUCGAGAAGAAGUUGCGCAAGCACUUGCUAAUGCUGAUAAAACGGCACGCGUGGAUGACGUAUUAAAAGAAUGGACGGAAACUUAUUUAUCGAAGAUGAAACCAUUGGGCGACGAUUACAAAAGGCAUAUAGAAAAAACUACCGAAAAACACGAUAAGUCUGGAAGAUCAACGACAGUUCCUUCCGAUACAUGUGCCUUUAAAAUAAAAAAAGAUGAUUUCUCUAGUGUCGAUUUAAGCGCACGGUACGCUAUAACUGUUUUAGAUCAGGUAGUGAAAAAGGAGAUCGCCGAGGUGAAAGAAUCUCUGGAAGCAGCAAAACAGGAUCUAAUAGAAGAGUUAAACGAGAAUAGCGAAACUGUGAUUCAAAUUAAAGAUUCUCCUUCCGAGUUCCAGUUUAAAUUACAACCAGAAUCCAUUCCGAACGAUUUACCAUUUUUAUACAAAUCACCGUCUCCUGAACGCGAUACCGAAACAAAGAGCGAUUCUCCCGUCCCUGCGUCGCAACCGCACGAAUCACCGAAAUGGGAGUCGCGAGACACAACUGAAAGUAAAAUGGACUACGAGGAAUCCCCUUUUAGCAGUUUCGACGAACCGAUUAAUAUACCGAAAUGUAAGAUGCCUGUGAUCAAAACCGAAAAGUCUGACUCAGAGACUGCAAUAACCGUCCACGACGAUUCAAGGGACGAGGACGAAGAACGUCCUAGUCCUGUGUUCGCCAGUAGAUCUGGAUCCGAUAUAGACAAUAAAGACGAGAGUUCUUCUUUGGCUUUACCGCGAACAGUGCUCAGAAGACGACACAAGCCGAGCAGAAGUUCCAAGAGGGUUACAUCCGACAGCGACGCGGAUAUUGGCUCCAGCUCCGGUGACAGUAGCAAUUAUCAGUCUUGCGAAUACGAAAGUGGUAGUAGGCCUAGUUCUUCCGAUAUAGAGGCUAUGCAAUCGUGCGGUGUAGCCUCGGCAACCGUCUCGGAAUACGAGACAGCGGUGAUGUCGAUGGACACUUCCUCUUCGAAACCGACAUCCCACGAGUACCAUACGGCCGCGACCUCGAUGAGCUCCCGUGAAUCGAUGAAAUCUUUAGCUUCUUUGAGUUCGGGCCAUCUCGGGAGCAUCGACAGUACCAGCGAACUAUCAGAAACACUGGUGGCUUCUGAAGCGGAUGCGGACAAAGAAGAAAUAGAAGAGAACCUCAAGUGCGCUCUCGAAGACGAGCGUACGGAACACUCGGAUUCCUCGGGUAGUGAUAUACCAGUUGACGACGCGAUUGAUAAGAUCGAUGGUCACAUAUCUUAUCGUAUGAAGCGGUCGUCCGAAAUGAUCUUUCCGCAGCUUCUCGAAAGCGACGCCACGAUCGAUGACGAACGGAAAGAGGAAUCAAUGCCAAAGGACGCGAAGGGAGUGGAUUUCGCGAGCUCUACCGCUACGCCGAUGUUGGGAGCUCUUCAAUCUGUAGAUAUAAUGACGUCCCGAGUAUCCGAGGAUGGUGUACAAAGUGUGUGUACCCAAGUGAUUUCGGUUCAAGCCACGAAAGACGUUCCAGCAGAUGUUGGCACAUUUGUCGCGGAAAUCGAGAGCAAAGUCUCGGAUCUGAAAGCCCCCGAGAAGGACACGGAGAUCGUGUCGGACACGCAAAUUACAGAAUCCGAUAUACUAGAGCAGAAGCACAGCGCCGAUGGACUAUCGAGCGAAAGCCUCGAGAUAUCUAUGCAGACGUCGACGCCGUCGAUGAUACAACAGGCAAGUAUGUCCACGUCGUCAGCGUCUGGUGUGUCCGUCAGCACCGUGGUUGGAAAAGAGAAAUCGGACCGACAUUCGCCGGACAGCGAUUCGUUCGAGAUGGUAGACAAGCCUGAUAUCAUCGAUGAUUUCGUGGUUAUAGAGGAAGUAGGUCGGGAAGCCGAGGAAUACGAUUCGGAAGGUAAAAGUAUUCGUAUCAGUGCCAUGCCACAAAUAAGCAAUAAGAAUUACGAUCGGGAUCUAGAAAACCUUAUAGCCGAAAAGAAAGAAGAUUCCCAAGCGAGUCAGCCAACGAAAAACACCGAUGUGUUCGAUUUCGAGUCCGAGGAGAGUCCGCCCCAAGCGUCGAACGAGGAUCAGUAUUCGCAGUCCUGUUCAGACGAGGAGCAAUACGACGCCAAUCAGAAAUGGGUGAAAACGCAAUUUUAUUCCGACCCCCGGGGCUACGACAUCGAAUACGAUCCGUACCUGCAACGUCUGGAGGACAUAAAGGAAGAGGAGAUCACCGACUUUGAAGCUGGUAGCAGUAGAUUCGGCAGUUUAGGUAGUCACAAAGAAUCGAUAGGCAGCGUGGGUAGUAUGCGAGGUAGUCUCGGAAGUACUCCAGAGUAUGAUAUAUUAGCGGGUAAAAAGUGUUUCGUAAGGCCGUCUGACCACGAUAACGUGUCCCUGAGCUCGUUGCAGGAAUUCGAGCAUCUGGAGAGCGCGGUGGCUGCGGAGAACUCGAAAAAAUUGCAAUGCGGCUCCCACGAUUCUGUGAAUAAUGGCAGUCUUCCAAGAAGAUACAUGGCCAGCCGAUCUGGCCAUGGCGACGACGUUUCGUUGUCCUCGUUAAAAGACUUCGAGGGGUUGGAGAAGGCGUGCCGAGAGGCGCAUUUAAUUGAAUUGCGCGCCAGAGAGGAAGAAGACUUGUUGGAACACGAGAGUCCUGAGAAUAAGUACAAAUUGGAGAGUUUAGCGCGUACGAGGGUCGACACGAGCACGGCCGGCUCGUUCAAUCCGAGCACGGCUGGCUCGUUCAAUCCGAGCACGUCGGGCUCGGACGAUUAUGAGAAAAGGAUCAAAGAAAUCGACGAAAUUAUCCGAAUAGCGCAAACGAACGUGGAGAAAUUCGAUCGGCAAGACGACACGACGGAAGAUAUCUCGCAGAUCGAAAUUAUGGAUAUUGAAAAAACGGAACCACCUCCACAGGUACUGGCGCAAUCGGUUUCGAAGCAAGAGGAACCAAAGGACACGAAUCUUCACAAAGAGAGCAAUGUCAUGGAGACGAGUACGGACUCUCUCGAGCUAGACGAUAACAUGGACAAAAAACAUCAUCCAUUGUGUCGAAGUUCGGAUUCGUUAGAAAUGAAGACUACCCUGGAUUUCCCUUCGUUAAGUUCCGAUUCGUUGAAUAAUGUGCGAGAUGGGAAGGAGGCGCAGUCGGAUGUUGUUGGAUACGCGAGCAAUCUUAGGCGUAUCUCGUCGGAUUCCCUCGAUAUGCCUUUACUCGACCAGCAGACUGUCGAGAGCCAAGGGAGAACCAGCGAACACGAUCAUUCCGAUGGGGCACCGUCCGACAAUUCUUUAGAUCAAGGACCAGAAACGACGGAAAACAAUCUCAGAACUGACAAAACGAGAACAACGCCAAGUACUGGCACAUAGGAAUAUUUUCG